AUGGACGAUUCCCUCGCCGCGCUCGCGCUCGGGUCGCCGUCGAAGCCGCGACGGACCCUGAACCCGAGGGAGACGAAGACCGCGGCGGCGCGGAACCCGCGCGCGAUGCCGACGAAGGGCACGCACGUUCGAUUCUCGGCUUCGUCGGAAUCUGACUGCGAUUCGAGCGGGGACGACGACGAGCGGUCGGGGCACGACGCGCGCGCGCGCGCGAACGCGAACGCGUCGUCGUCCUCGGACGAUCCCGUCCCGACGCCGACGCCGCACACGCCGUCGCCCGCGGCGACGGCGAACGCGAACGCCGACGCCGACGGCGACGGCGAGAAUCGAGAGGAGGAGGGAAUUCCGAGACCACCCCGUCCGACGACGACGGAACCAGCGCGCACGUCCGCGAGCGGCAUGCGCGCGUGGCUCAACGAGCUCAAAGACCUCAGGCGCGCGUUAAAGAAGGACAGGAUCAACGACGAGCGCGCGCGACGCGCGACGGACGACGCGAUAACGGUCCACCUCGCGCGCGCGGACGAGGUGCUCCGAGAGAUGAUCGAUCGACGGAAUCGCCUCCAAAACGAGGCGUCGUCGGCGGCGGCGGCGAGAGGCGGCGACCACGAGAUGCGACGUUUGCAGCUCUUCGACGCGGACGCGUUCGUGAUCUUGUCCGAGAUCUUGGAGUACCAGACGCGCAAGUUUUUCGACCCGCUCUGCGUCGUGUCCGCGGGGAUGGUGGCGAGAUACGUCGCGGCGAAAUUUCCAGGAAACGCCCCCCAACGCGGCGGCGACGUCCUGGGAGACGCGAGAGAAGACGUGGACUGGGACGCCAUGGGCGCGAAGCUCUGGAACAUCGGCGCGCACUUGGGCGGCGGCGUGCGGUUGCGCGCGCUCGGGAACUCCAUGGUCGGGAGCGGGGCCUUCGCGGGCGGCGUCGAUCGUCGAAUCGCGGAGGAGAGAGGUCCCGGAGGCAAAGUCGGCAGGGUCGGCGGCGGCGGCGGGUGGCGGACGAACGACCACGACCGCGGCCGCGCGAGGAACAAGAAAGGCGCGACCGCGCCCGUGUCGCGGCCGGCGACGUUGAAGAACGCCGCGGACGCGACGGAGGGUCAGCCCGGGGGCGCGCGAAGCGAGGCGAACGAGCGGCUGGAGAGACUCGCGAGGACGCUAGAGACGGACGGCGCCGCGGAUCUCGCGAAGCACUUCUUCGACGCGACGUCGUUCUCGAAGAGCGUGGAGAAACUUCUCGACGUCGCGACGCUCGUCGCGGGCGGCAACGCGGCGAUCGCGCCCGUCCACGAGAAGGAGGAGGGGGAGGGGGGGGAGGACGACGACGAGGACGAGGGCGAGGACGACGCCGGCGCUCGACUGAAGACCGGGUGCGAGCUGUCCAUCGCGGAGGCGACGCCGCGGCUCGACGACAACCCGGACGACAACCACGCGUUCGUGUUCCAGUUCGACCUCAAGACGUGGCGCGCGAUGGGCGGCUGCGAGGACGACGACGCGAACCGCGACGCCGACGCCGCCGCCGCCGACGGCGGCGGCGCGAAGAAAUCGAAGUACUACGGCAACGGCCUCUUCGGCGGCGGACUCCCGGAAGACGCGUACGUCAUGCCCGUGAACGCGGACCCGUACGAAGCCAUGCUCGACGGUGACCCCGCGCGAUCGCGCGCCGCGCUCGAUACGCUGCGCCUCAGCGACCGCGACCGCGUCGUGUGCGCCGGCAUCGCGUACAUUUACCGCGAGGCGUUUCUCGGCGAGACGUUCUUCAGAGCCUGGGGCAGCGACGUCGUCGGCGUGUUCCACGCGUUCAGCGUCGCCGCGCCGGGCGGGCCGGUGAAGGAGCUCUCCACCAGAGCCGCUCGCGCGGUCGCGGAUCAUUGGCUGCAGUGCAACCACGAGAUGCCCGUGGGCGCGACCUCCGAGGACGUCAUAUUUUUCAACCAAGGGAGCUUCGUGCUGUCUCGAAUGGGGAUAGAACACGGCGCGUUGAAGUCGCAGAUCUUAUCCCACGCCGUGCGAUUCGACAGCCGGUGGUACUUGGGGCUGGACCUGAACGAUCCGGCGACGUAUCAGAACAAUUGCGGCGACGCGUGCUGGAAGAAGCUCACGAACGCGCUCAUAUGUUCUUUCUUCCUCGAAGGGAACGGCGUGGAGCCGGAGAUUCGCGGCGACACCGCGACGGACGUCAAGCGCCAUUGCGAACGACGCGACGACGGAGAGAUAAACGCCAGGGAGGAGUGGGACUACGGCGAUCGCGACGCGCGGGAAUCGCCCGAAUUCGAGGCGCAGUGUUACUUCGUCACGCACAAGGUGUUCACCGCGACGGAUUGGUGCCGGAGGAAGUUGAAACCGGAGCAGUGGCGCCGCGAGCGAGAUUUUUUACUUCGUCACCUGACGCACACGUGGAAGGUCAUGCGAGACGUCCACCUGUGCGGCGAGUUCGUCCAGACGCUUCGGUGUUUCGGCGACAAGGAGAGCAACAACGCGGAAAUCAAGGCUGCGGUGGCGUUCAUCGUGAGAUCCCAAGACCAGAGCACGGGCGGGUGGGAGGUUCGAGCGGCGGAUUUCAAAAACGCCUACCACGCCACCGUGUGCGCCGUCGGCGCGCUCAUCUGCCCGCUCAUGGGCGACGCGGCGGAUAAGGUGACCCCUCUCGAGGCGGACGUCGACCGCGGGAGCAAGCGGCAGCGCGCCGCCGCCGCGGCGAGAGCGAAGGAAGCCGCGGAUAAGCGGGCGACGUCGCGCGGCGCGGAGAAGGACCCCCCCGCGCGAGCGACGACGUACUCGUGGGAGUCGGGCGCCGACGAGACGGCGACGAGAGACGUCGAGCCGCCGCGGAAGCGACGCGGACGGCCGAUCGAGAGCGAACGAACGAACGAGACGAACGAACGGAACGCAACCCUAGACUAG